GAUAGUUGGCAAGUCGCCUACGUCUGGGCCUUUAUCGUCAAGUUCAACCUCAAAGACCGCAUAAAGCGCCUAGAGUGCUUGGAAGACUUUGAGCAGUCCCUCAUGGAACCUGUCGCGAAUCGCCCUGAUGACAUUCUGGAGGGUAUCCUCAUUCGCUUCCUAGGAAACCUGAAGCCUGGCUUGCGCAAUCUCGACCCUACAAAUAUCCAACAUCACCUCUCCAAUCACAUCUCGGACCAACUCCUCGGUCCUAGCGAAUUCACAGUCUGGGACCGUCCUUGGGCGCCCAACGAGGAAGCCCGAGCCUCGUGCUGUACCCAAGCAUCAGACCGGACCGAGCUUGGCCGACUGCGAUAUGCGGGCGAGCCACCGGCUGAGCGGGUGUCGCGGAACCCACUGGUCAAGGCCGCGGAGCGCGGAGGGGGGUUGUUUGAGAUGGAUUGGAGAGAACGCGCGGGUCUGUUAAGGCAGUUGGUGGAUUGGCAAUUGACUCACUCGGAGCAUAUCCGGGCCAUCAUCAACAAGGAGAACCACGCGCCGCUACCAAAAGGAGUGACCGUACCCGAGUCGCAGGCUAAAGUCGGGAUCGAGCCGAUCGGGAUGGACCGCAAUAAGCAGCGUAUCUGGGUAUUCGACAACUCUGGAAGGAUAUACAAAUCCGGCAAUCCCUUCAAGCGCCCGUGCCCCAUCUUUGCCAUCUCAUCCAACAAGACCGAGAUGCAGGCGCAGAUCGACCUCUGGGCCGCACAUGGCAACUCGCCCAAGCCGGAAGUAGGGCCCAAGGGGAAAAAGGCCGAGGUGGUCGCUGCGAAAAAGGCGGCCAAGGGGAUUGAGGAUGAGAAGAAGUUGGCCGAGGUGGUCGGUGGUCUCAUGGAGGCUGUGGAGAAGGAGGAUGCUCGGAUAGCGAGGGCGAGAAAGAAGAUUGCGGAUCAGGCGAAAAUCUUUGAGCAGGCCGAAUUCCGGUCGACGAGGACGAGGCGGACGACUCGGAAGAUUGAUUAUUCGUAUGACGGGGAUGAGGUCAACGAGGAAGAGUACGAGCAGCCCCGCCGGACUUCCCGUCGAGGAGAACCGAGCGCAGCUGCCGCACCGAGCAAACCCCUGAUCCCCGGCGAACGCACAUCAGCACGACUUCGACGGAACAAUAACGAUGAAGCCGCGUCAGUCUCGCACACGGGAGACGGAGGGAGCAGUCCGCCCAUCGAGUCCAGGCAGACCAGCCCGGUCGAAGCGGGGGACGAGGAAGAAGCGAGGGGGGCUAAGAGGCAGAAGAUGGAGAAUGGGAGUGAGGGCAGGGAUGACGAAGCAGAUGGUAACAGAGCGGGAAUGAACGGGCACGGAAAAGAGGGGAGGAAUGGGAAUGCGAACGAGGAUGUGGAUCAGCGGAGUGAAGGGAUGGAAGGGAUAGAGGCGUAG